AUGUUUCGUUUAUUUUCAUCAGGUGUUGAUGAUUUAGUAUUAGUAUCAUCCCCAACAAAUGGGGAAAUUACAAAUCAAAUCGGUGCUAGAUUUGAUAGAGAAUUAAUUUACACCAAUAUUGGUGAAGUAUUAAUUGCUGUUAAUCCAUAUAAACAAUUACCAAUUACAGGUCCAGAAUUUAUUAAGAUGUAUCAAAAUUCACCAGGUGGCAAUGAAGCACCACCACAUAUUUUUGCAUUAGCAGAAAGAGCUUAUAGAAGAAUGGUUGAUGAAAAUGAAUCUCAAUGUGUAAUUAUUUCAGGAGAAUCAGGUGCAGGUAAAACUGUUUCAGCUAAAUUAAUUUUACAAUAUGUUACAGCUGUAUCACCAAAUAAUAGUUAUGGCAAUUCAAUGGGAGGUGGUGGCAGUAAUAACGUACCACAAUACGAUGGUGGUAGUGAUGACUAUGGUGCACCAAGUGGAAGAGGAAGAGCUUUACCAAUGCCUGGGGGCAGGGGUAUGCCACCACCAGCAAGAGGAGGGGGUGUUCCAAAUAGAGGUGGUGUUGCAAGUAGAGGUGCUCCACCACCACCAAUGGGAGGUGGAAGAGGUAGAGGCCCACCACCACCAGUAUCAAAUGUUAGAGCAGGUGCCCCACCACCACCAAUGUCAGGUGGCCAAGCUCCACCAGCAAGAGGCCCAGCCCCACCACCAUCAAGAGGUGGACCAGCUGCUCGUGGUCGUGGAGGUGCCCCACCACCUCGUGCCGCUCCACCACAAUCAAGAGGCGGUCGUAAUGUCGAUGUAGAACAUAUCAAAAAAGUUAUUUUAGACAGUAAUCCAUUAAUGGAGGCUAUUGGUAAUGCUAAAACUGUUAGAAACGAUAACAGUUCACGUUUCGGUAAAUAUUUAGAAAUUCAAUUUGACGAUAAUAAUGCUCCAGUUGGUGGUCAAAUUUCAACUUUUCUUUUAGAAAAAACUAGAGUAACCUUCCAACAAAAACACGAAAGAAAUUUCCAUAUCUUUUAUCAAAUGUUAGCUGGUUUAGACCAAUCAACAAAGUCAGAAUGGGGUCUUACCCAAGCUACAGAUUUCUAUUAUUUGGCUCAAAGUAAAUGUACUUCAAUUGCUGAUGUAGAUGAUGCCGCUGAUUAUAUCGAAGUUAAAAAUGCUAUGACCACAAUUGCAAUUACAAGCGAAGAACAAACAGAAAUCUUUAGAAUUUUAGCAGCUAUCCUUCAUGUCGGUAAUAUUCGUUUCCAAGGUGAAGCACCAGCUACUGUUAUUGAUGAAACACCAUUACAAUGGGCAGCAUCAUUAUUAGGAUGUGAUCCACAAUUCCUUGGCCAAUCAUUGAAUCAUCGUCAAAUUCAAUCAGGUAGUGUUCGUCAUACUCAAUAUGCUGUUCCACAAAAUCCAGAUCAAUCCGCUUCGCUUAGAGAUGCUUUAGCUAAAACACUUUAUGAACGUAUUUUCGAUUUUAUUGUAACUCGUAUCAACUCUGCAAUGCAAUAUCAUGGUAGCGCUAAAGUAAUUGGUGUUUUAGAUAUUUAUGGUUUCGAGGUCUUUGAAAGAAAUAGUUUCGAACAAUUUUGUAUCAAUUAUGUCAAUGAAAGACUUCAACAAAUCUUUAUUGAUUUAACUGUACGUGGUGAACAACGUGAAUAUCACGAAGAAGGCAUGAAAUGGAAGGAUAUUAGCUUUUUCGAUAAUAAGAUUGUAGUAGAUUUAAUCGAUGGAAAUAAACCACCAGGUGUUAUGCGUGUUUUAGAUGAUGUUUGUAAAACUGUUCAUGCUGUAGAUUCUGCAACUGCUGAUACUAAAUUUAUGGAAAAGUUAAUUCAUGCAAUUCAAAGUCAUCCACAUCUUUUAAUCUCAAAUACUGGCUCAAGUGCUAAUGAAUUUACCAUUAAGCAUUAUGCUGGUGAUGUCACUUAUAGUGUCGAGGAAUUUUGCUUUAAGAAUAAUGAUAAUCUUUAUGCUUCAAUUGUAUGUUGCCUUCAAAGUUCAACCUAUCCAUUCAUUGCUUCACUUUUCCCAGAGAACAUGUCAGAUAAUAAAACUGCUCCAACCACUGCCUCUUAUAAAAUUAGACAAUCUGCAAAUUAUUUAGUUCAAAGAUUAUCAGCUUGUACUCCACAUUAUAUUCGUUGUAUUAAACCAAAUGAUUCUAAAUCUCCACUCUCAUUUACUUCAUCAAGAGUAGAACAUCAAGUAAAAUAUUUAGGUUUAUUAGAAAAUAUUAAGGUUAAAAGAUCUGGUUACGCAUACAGACAAUUAAAAGAUGUAUUCCUUAAUAGAUUUGGUAGAAUUUUUGAUGUUGCACCAAGAAAUUGCCAAGAGUUUGUUGAGCAAAUUACUCGUGCAGGUAAAGAUAUUAGCGCUGAAGAGUUUGAAGAGGGUAAAACUAAAAUAUUUGUUAAAACACCAGAAACUAUUUUCCUUAUGGAGGAUUUAUUAAUGCAAAAAAUUGAUCCAAUUGGUUAUAAAGAAAGAGUUCAUGCAUACAAAGAAAAUGAAAAAUUAGCCCAAGCCAAAGCUGGUAAACACAGUUUAAAACCCAAAUGUAUUAUUCAAUAG